AUGCUGCAGGACGUAGAGAUCCUUUAUGGGCUGCAGGUUGAUGGACUUGUUGUUGCUUUGCUGCAAGGCAUGCGAGAUUAUAUGAGAGCGCAGUACCUGGAGACUUUGCAACGGCUUACCAAUUUCCGGCCAAAGGAUGAGGCUGUAUUGGUUGGGGCUAGUUGUAUUUCGUUGACGCCCAUCCGGCAGUAUUUGGAGGCCAUGCAUGAUGACAUUGCUUAUGAUACACCAGAGGUUCAUAUUAACCAGUACACAAGGUUGUUGUUGCUACUUAUGUUUGGAGGCGUAUUGUUCCCGAACACUCCAGGAAACCUAAUCAACUUGAGAUUUCUUUAUCAUCUUGAGCAGCUAGAUGAUUUACCUCAAUACAGCUGGGGUGUUAUUGUUCUUGGUUACUUGUACCGACAGAUGUGCUGGGCAUGCAUGGGCACCCAACGAGACGUUGUAGGAUUUAUGUCGCUGCUGCAGUUUCAGCCACUUCUACCACCUAUAGCUCAGGAUGCGCCACCUUUACCGUUUCUCCCUUUGUCUAGGAGGUGGGUUGAGAGGCGGGGAUACGGACGCGAGUAA